AUGGCAGUAGAGCCGUAUCUGGCACGCCCAUUCGUAAACAUAUAUGAUCCACGAGGCGAUUCAGAGCCGCCCUUCCUCAGUGAAGCCAAUUUAAAAUAUACCGCGGCUUUAUUCUCGAAACGGGUUAUUCCUAAUCCUAUAUAUGUUGCUGAUACUAUAGAUAACGCUCCGCGGCGAACCGCUCCGCAGGUUGCUAUCGUGGGAAAGUCUAACGUUGGAAAAUCAAGUUUGAUGAACUCCCUUAUAUAUGGGCAGAUGUUGCCAAGGUUCGCCAGGGACGUGCUUUCAAAUGGGAAAAUGCUAAAACAACCUAUAUUUGCACCAGUAUCGCAUAAACCGGGAAGAACUAGACACAUGUUCACAUUUGACCUUGGAGGUGACCUAUCUCUAGUAGACCUGCCAGGAUACGGGUUCGCAAAAGUAUCAGAUGAUGUCAGAAACGAAUGGUCAGUACUAGUUAACAAGUACCUCACAAAAGCACCCAGUCUCCAGCGGGUACUAUCGCUGAUAGAUAGUCACAAGGGUCCCGUGGAACUGGAUAUCAAGCUGUGGAACAUGCUGGAAAAUAUGAAAAUACCAUUUCAAGUAGUUCUCACUAAGUGUGAGGCAUUGAAACAACAUGAACUACACAUUGUAUGCCAAAAGGUUAUAGAAAUGCUAAAAGCACACGGAGAAUGGGCACAUCCAUAUGUUCAUGCCACCUCGGCAUUCAAGCAACUUGGGAUAACCGAACUCAGACUUGCUAUCGCACACAUUGCAUACACACACAAAGCAAAAAGACAUUUAGUUAAUUGA